GUGCGUGAUGCGGGAUGCGGUAAUUAUAUCCGAUGAAGAAGAGUGGUUCGAACCCUGCUUCACUCUUCCACGGAUUUCGGUAUGUUGAAGUGCACGGACUGGAGGAUAGGCUGCGAGAAAGCGACGUAGAAGGCAUCGUGGUAUCCAGCAAGCUUCCUGUCGCUGGCACAUUCACCUGCUCCGAUUCAAAGCUCAACGAGCUCAACGAGAACAUAUCAUGGAGCGUCUGGUCUAACAUCUAAGAUGCGCCAACGGACUGCCCGACAAGGGGGCAAGCAGGAUGGAAUGGAG